UCCACAUUUGUGUAUUAUCCUUUAAAUACAUACAAAUUAGACUUAUUUUCCAAAUUAAGCAUUUAAAAUUUUCGAAAUUAAAGCGUAUAUUUUACAAUGGUGGUUGUACAAAGAGUUACUAUUGAAGACAUAUUGGCUAAAUUCAGUUUGUUAAGUCCUUAUUACCUGAAAUUGUUCUCCGUGAUCAUUUUUGCUGCGGCGACGAAUGCGUAUUAUAGUGUCAAUUAUGUGUUUGCUGCUUCAAAUACUAAUUACAGAUGUAAAUACCCACAAUGUGAAGAUGCAGGACUUCCUAGCACAUUGGAGCCUACGCUACAAGAAUACAGGUGUUACCAAUUACCAUUGACAUCCAACAAUGGCACCUGUUCUUUGAGAAACGUUGACAUAUCCAGUAAAGAAGAUUUAGAAGACUGUGAUGAAUUUGUUUAUGAAGAUGCUAAUUCUUUUGUGGGAGAAAACAACUUGGCCUGCGCAGACUGGAAGCGCACGUUCCCAGGAAUGGUACACAGUUUCGGAUACAUGAUUGGACUGCUCAUGAUGGGACCUCUCGCUGACAAGAUCGGCAGAAAGAAACUGAUAAUUUUGACGGGCACAAUAGCAGCGUUGAUGGGCCUUGGCAAGAGUAUAGCACAAGCUUAUUGGGUGUACUUAAUUUUAGAGCUGGUCGAGGCUUUGUUUGGAGACACUUAUUCAUGCACUUUUAUGUUAGGUGUAGAAAUGGUAACAAAGGCGAAUCGAGUUUCAUUCAUCACGCUAAUGACAGCAAGCACGUCGAUAGCAGGGAUAUUGAUGGCUCUCAUAGCCUGGGCAGUUCCUUACUGGAGAUAUUUCCUCAGAGUAAUUUAUGCACCGUCCUUGCUAUUUUUAUUAUUCGCUUUUCUGCUAGAUGAGAGUCUCAGAUGGUUAUUAAUCAAAGGGCGGAAGGCAGAAGCUAAGGAUGUGAUAGUCAAAGCAGCUAACGCAUCGAAUAUUGAUCUGAGUGAAUUUGAUUUAGAUAGUAUCGAGUGUGAGAAGGAGGUUGAAGCGACGAAUUGGAUAGAUCUUCUUAAAAUGACGUUUGGUUCGAAGAAGUUGGUGUUUCGGUUUGCAGCGUGUGUCUGCAUGUGGGUCACUGGCCUGUUCAACAAGUACACUUUACUAAUAAACUCAGUAGAACUAGAAGGGAAUAAGUACAUCAACUACGCUCUGACGUCGUUCUCUGAACUUCCAGCCAGUUUUGCUAUAGUAUUCCUGCUGAACAGAUACAAGAGAAGAAUACCUUUGAUGUUUACUUUUCUGUUGACUGGUGUUUUUUGUAUUGCGCAGUCUUUUGUGCCGAAAGGUAACAUAAUACUAUCAAUAUCUCUAUUCCUGGUGGGACGGUUUAUGGCGACUAUAUCUCUUGCUAUCGUCUACCUAUACACGUCAGAAUUAUUCCCCACACACACGAGGAACACGAUGCAUGCGUUGUGCUCAUCAUUAGGAAGAACUGCUACCCUCGUGUCUUCACAAACUCCUUUAAUGAUGCGACAUUUAUACGGUCUCCCUUCGAUCCUGGUCGGAGGCCUCUCCCUGAUGACUGGAAUCAUCGUCAUCACACUACCUGACACAGCUGAUGAUGUUCUACCUGAUACUGUCCGUCAAGCAGAAGCCGCUGGUGCAGCAGAAUAAAUGAAUGAUGAUCUUUUAAGCUAUUUCAAUGACGUCGUAAUAAUAAAUGUAAGCCAAAACUGUAAACCGAAGAUGCAAACAACGCAACAGGUUACCGGGACUCCAUCUCAAAGCAGGAGUAGGAACAGGGUGGUUUUUAGUCAAUAAGAGUCUGACACUUCCUCUCGUGUCGCCCAAGGCGGGAGAAGACAUUAGAUGAUUUUCGCCUUUCAAAAAACAAAAGCUAAACUGUAAUAUACGAGUACCUUAUGUGUGUUUAACCUAAUUUUAAUUUAAUAACUUCAAACAAAACAAUUUGAAUAUUUUGGUGUAAUUUAUGCAACAAAAAAAUGAGACCAAAAAGCAACAGCAUGAAAAUGUGAUAUUUGUAAAAUUCAAAUGCUUUAAAUGUCACUAAAAUAAAUAAUAGAAAAUGUUAACACACACACUCAACCCAAAAGGCUGCUAAAUCUAUGAAUUUGAAAGUCUACGCCUACAUAAUAAAAACUGGUAUAGUUAUUCCAAGCUUAUU